GGCACGGAUUAUCACGUACCUUAGUACCUAGCUAGCACAUAAUGAGAAUAUUUUCGAGCUGGUUGAUUAUUUUAGUUGUACCGGCUAUUGCGGAAGAACUAAAGCUUGUUUACCAAUGGAAUCAGCUGGCUGCCCCCGUAUUAGAAGCUGAUCAACCAGCCAUAGUGUUUAACAACCAGGAGGCUCAAGAAUCGAAUGAAACCUUUAACGCCUACGGAAAUAUACCCAUGGGAGUCAGUCAUUACAAGGGGCGGUUGUUUAUUACCAUUCCUAGAAGACGACCAGGUAUUCCCGCUACACUCACCGUUAUCAAUAUGGAAAAAGUUCAACAGAUCAACAACCCGUCGCUGUCUGGUUAUCCCGAAGCACUAACAAAUACAUUACACCUCGACUACGCGGCUGAUCCUAAACGAAUUAUAUCCGUAUAUCGCACUAAGGUCGACAAAUGCGACCGAUUAUGGUUCGUAGAUACCGGUCAUCUAGAAUAUCCAAGCAAUGCACGUCAGGUUCAACGGCCUGCAUUGUGGGUUAUAAAUUUGAAAACGGACCGACGCAUUCAAAGAUUUGAAAUUCCUGCCAGUAUUGUAGAAUUUGGAUAUGGGAUGGCUGGUAUUACAGUUGAUGUAGAAGAAGAUAAAUGUGAAGAUGCAUACGCCUAUAUAUCGGACUACCAGUGGCAAGGACUGUACGUUUAUAGCUUGGCCGCGAACAAAAUGUGGCGUUUCAAUCAUAUUUUCUUCUCUUUCGAACCACAAAAUGGACGUUUCAUUGUUGGUGGACAACGGUUUAUUUGGAACGAUGGUUUAUUUUCGGCUGCCGUUGGUGAAAAGCAUUCGACCACUGGAAAGCGAAUUGUGUAUCUUCAUGCAAUGGCUUCUACAAGUGAAAUCGCUACUUCCAACAGUGUACUGAAGAAUGAAACUUUAACUUAUGCCGGGAGUGAUUACAAUGAACUAUUUCUACACCUCGGCUCUAGGGGCCCAAACACGCACAGUGCCAGCCAUGCAUAUGACGAACAGACAGGUGUUUUGUUUUUUACAGAAGUUAACCGCAACUCGAUCGGAUGCUGGAAUACGGCGCAUGACUUUAGUGCAGAUAACCAUGGGAUUGUACAUCUGGACAAUAUUAAUAUGAUCUAUCCAUCAGAUUUAACGAUCGACAACGACGGCGUGAUGUGGGUCAUUUCGAACCGACUUCCUAUAUGGAUCUACUCAAGGCUAAAUGAGACAGACUUCAACUUUCGGAUCUGGCGUCAAACUGCCGAAAAGGCUAUCGAGGGCACGAUUUGUGCUCGACCACGCGCCUAGGAAUUCUUUCAAAUUCGUGUGAAAAUACGGCACCCUGACGCGCUGGUUAUGGUUGCGAAAUAUAUAAUUCCAGAAAAAGUUUCUGUUAUGAAAAGUUUCAGCUAGGUUCGAUUAUUAUAGUAUCGCAAAAAAUACGCUAAAAGAAUGUAUCACCUACACUGCACAACUCUACUUUUUGUGUAUUCCAUUAAGCUGUCUUGUUAUUCAAUUUCGUUAGAUAAAAGAUCUAGUAGAAAAAUAUUACCA